AUGAAAUCUCAAGCUGUUAAUGAGCAAAACCGUCGCAGUAAGCGUCAAGCAGGUGUUGAUGCGAGUCCUGUCGGGUCAGAGGUUCAUAAGAAACAAAAGAAGAAUGCUCCGAAGGUUAAUGAAAGAGAAGAGAGUGCUGCUAAAGAAUCGACUGAGGAAGAGGCGCAAGACGUAGAAGUGGAUCAACAUUCACAAACUGAAGUUGAAGAACCCAUCCCUGCUUCUAGCAAUGGAGUGUCCAACACCUAUGACACUCAGACACAGCAAUCCGAGAUCAAAACGAGGAAGACAAGGGGUCUAACUAAAAUGCGCAAAGUGGCCAAAAAUGCAGAGGACAAGGUAGAUGUAGAGUUCAACUCCAUAGGUGAGGAUGUCGGUAGUGGACCAGUGACACUCUCCUCCUUUCUUGGUCCUCUUGUGAGGGAGCAUGUGCCAGUAUUGCUAGAUGACUGGAGACACAUCGAAGAAACAACAAAAGACGCUUUAUGGGAAGAGAUUCAGGGGAGGUUCAACUUGACAGAGGAAUGGCAAAAAGAUGCAGUCUUUAAGCAGAUGGGUUGCUUGUGGAGGGCCUCGAAAUCUAGGCUGACUUCUAUUGUCCGUUCUAUUAAAUACAAGUCUCAGAUACAGAAAAUGAAGCCUAGUAACAUCCAAUCUUCUUCUGCUUGGAACAGUUGGGUACAAAGUGAUAAAUACAGGAGACUUAUGAAGAUUCAAAUUCCGCACACAACAAGCCAAAAAGGCAUGAGUCGCCUAGCUCAUGAGAUGAAAAGAAACAACGAUGAUCCUAAGAAAGUUACUAGAACUAAGGUUUGGGUAGCAGGACAUACGCAUUCAGAUGGGAGACCCGUGAAUGAAACACACGUUGAAACUAUUAUCAAGACAAUUGACAGUGAAAUAGAUUCUAACUCCUCGGAUAACAUUGGUGAAGAUGCUGUGAGUCAAGUUCUCGGAAAAGAGAGACCAGGAAGAGUUAGGGGGAUGGGCAGAGGAGCCACUAUUACGAAGAUUGCUUACUUACAAGCUAGAGACAAAAAUGUCCAGAAGCUUGAAGCUACUCAAGCGGAAUUAAUUACCAAGCUUGAAAAGUUGCAAAACGUUGUUAUUGACUUAGCUGGCGAAAAGACACAUAAAGAUGAUGUUCCUAGUUCUGAAAGAAGCGAUGGUAGCAAGAGAGGAAUAAGGUGCCAGAUAUUGGAUUGGAUUUCGACUGAUGAUGUGGUUGUAGGUGAAGGAGAAUACUACUCAAGUGAACCCACAUAUAAGAUUGGUCGAAUUCCUCUGGGUCCUAAUGCGGCAGCUGUAAUUGUCAACUCUAUAGCAGUCGAAGAUGCAUGUGUCUGGUGA